AAACAAUGCACCCUUAAGCUUGUAAUGGACAACAGAAGUGUCAAUUGUAUGCUCUAAACUAAAUUUGCAAUUAAAGCUCCCCGCCCGGGUGGAGCCAACCGAAAGCAUCUAAAGACAACAUACAUCGUCGGGCGGUCGCGUUUGUGUACGAGAUAUUCGGUCGUUAAUUGUCGGUCCGUGACGUUCCAUGCUUGAUGAAAGCCUUUUGCAAUGCUAAGAUAAAUUCCUAUGAAAUGGUUAAAAACAAUACACCAUAACCCUGUGUAAAUGACUCUACUUGCAUACUACUGGGAAUAAAACCAUGCAGAGUCACGCGAGAGCAUAAUAUAGUGAUAAAACCAACUCCCUCUUUCACUACCAAUCACAACCGGACACAUUAAAAUCAGAUCGAUCCAGCUACGUAACAUUAAAUCGACCGGUUUUUUUCGGUGCAAGAUCAGCGUUAAAAUCGUAUAAAAUAUUGCCAAUUUAAAUUCGGGCUCGAUUUGGCGGUGCCGAUAUUGAUUCGAUGCGUAAAAUAAAUAGCUACAUACAGUUCUCCCCAUAUCACUCCAAAUUGUGCUCACCUUGCGUGCGUGUGUGUGUGUCUGUGAUUUGUAUAGUGGUUGAUAAAAAUAAAUAAAAUGUGCUAAAGCUCGUGUGCGCGUUUGUGUCGCUGCACUAGCCCCUAAUAGCUGAAGAAAUGUGCUAAUGAGAAAAUAAAUAAAUAGUGUGCGCUAUCAUUAAAUCUUGCAAUACGAUCCAUACGGUCGUGUCAGGUGUGCGCGUGUUUGAUAGUGUGUUUUUGUGUACGUGUGUAUUGUAUUGCGAAUAAAUAGUUCGCUCCGGUUGUUAUAAUUCAAAAGCAGAAAAAGGGGUGCAUAAAAAGAGGCAAAAAAUACAGUGUAUCCACUCCAGGCGCCCCCCGAAGAAAUUCGAUCAAUUGUGUUGUGUGUCUAACGGCUGAUCGUUUUGUGCAUGAGAGUGUAUGGUUCAAAAUUUGUUCAUCUCUAACCCGGCGGUGUGUAUCGACGGCUGGCACACCGAGGGAAUAUCAUCAAACAACAACCGCUCAUCCACCAACAACGAGGGAAACGUCCCUCGGUCCACGUCAUCGAUUGUCCCACUCAUCCCUCAUCGCGGAAGCGGUCGUAACUGUCGCGCGUUAUUCGUAAAGCUCGCUUUAGAAGUCGGUGCAUGCAAUGUAAACGUGUAAACUGUCCUACGGUAUAACAGUCACAGUGAAUGCUACUUCUAUGUUGCAUAUGAAAGAACUAAUCGUUACAAAAGCUCCCUUUUGUCCCGCAUAUAGUAUACUCCGUCCUAACUAAAAAGAGAGACUGAUUUGGGUGAUUGUGAUUCGAACGAUGUGAUUAGAUUGCUGUAAUUUUAAAACAGAAAACUGUGAUUCUUUUCGUAUUUGUGACACACACAAAAAAACACACACCAAUAUUACCCCUCCACAAAUGUAUCCAUGCCCUGAACGUUCCACUUCCUCGUGCAAUUAAUUGAAAGCUUCCAACACCCACCCAAAAAUACAAAAAAAAAAUAACACUAAACCAAAGAAAACAAAACCCUCCCAAUAUGGCGGGCGAUUCCAACUCGAGCGACGAGGAGCUGCAGCAGCUGGCCCAAGCGCUCGAGCGAGGGCCGGCCAAGUGCCACGAGUGUUACGGGGACUGUGUCGACUGCGUGCCGGACUGCUGCAAGGAUACGACCGUGCACAAGUGCCACCUCGAGGGUGGCCCGGGCCGGUUCCAAACCGGCAAGAAUCUGCUCACCCGUGCGCUGCGCUACCCGCCCGGUACCGCCACCAGGAAGUGUGUGCUGACGCUGGACGGCUAUUCCUACGUAAUUGUCGCCAGCUCACCGGAGAACAAGUUUACCAAAGAUGAUAUAACGCUCGCCGGUGCUGGCCAGGGGCGCGAACAGUUGUCCUGCUGCGAUCCGGCCACCUGCCCAGGCGGUCCAACAACCAGCUACGGAUCGUGCGGAUCCACCGGACCGAUCGCAUCGGCCGGUCCUACCGUACCCACAAUCACACCGCUAGCCGGGGGCAGCAGUAGUGGUACAGCACUGUCCCACGCGCAACAGCAAUCAUCAACGAGUCAGCAGCAGCAACAACAACAACAAUCCGCUGGCAGCUGUUAUCCGUGCCAUCAUCACUUUCACCACCACCACCAUCAUCACCAUUGUCAUCAGCCGGUGCGAGCGGAUUGCCAUUCGCGCAACGGACAGAUAGCAAAGCAAGGAAGUCUUACAAUCGUACGGCGAACCAAUAGUAGAAAAAACACAAACAUCCAGCAGCAGCUCCAGUAUCAGGAAGCGCUAGACGAAUCAGAGUACCAGCAGCAGCCACCAUACGGUAACGAUUCCUACACUGAAGGUAGUGGUGGUGGAAGAGGAGGAGGAGGAGGCGGAGGCGGAGGAGGGGGAGGCGAAGGUGGCGAAGGUGGCGGUGCCGGUGCCAGUUCGGAGGCCGAGUACGGUCAGCACCAUCCGCCCCUGUCCGAGUCGGAGC